CAGGAAGUGGGCUGACUUUCCAUCUGCCUGAGGUGAAGACCAACAUCGAGACACGAUGGGGAUCACAUCACUCUGCCUGAUGCUCUCCACGUUGGUCCUCCACCCCGACAGGUCCCAGUUCUUCUCGUACGACUCCAUCACUCUGACAUGUGGAGAGGCAGGAAACUCCGGCGGCUGGACAUUGAAGAGAAACACCUCCUUUCACACUUCUCAGAUGUGCGACUCCGACUGGGGAGUUUCCUCCUCGGCGACGGCGUCCUCCUGCGUCAUCGAGGACGCCUAUCCGUUGGACAGCGGGGUGUACUGGUGCCAGUCUGCGCUGGGGGAGAACGGCCGCGGCGUCAACGUCACCGUGACUGACGGUGAUGUCAUCUUGGAGAGCCCCGGACUUCCCGUGACCGAGGGCGAUGAAGUGACGCUCCUCUGCUCCUCCAAGGGCCGAGAAGCCACGCCGGGUUCGUCUGCAACGUUCUACAAAGACGGCGUCCCCCUCGGCGCUCCGACGGCCGGGAGCGUGACCUUUCCGAAGGUGUCCGAGUCCGACGAAGGUUUCUACGCUUGCGAACUCCCCGCGGGAGGAAGGUCGCCCCCGAGCUGGCUGGCCGUUAACGCAGCCAGAGCGGAGCCUCCUCCUCUCCUGUCGAUGCCCUGGCUGUUGUGUGCCGUCAUGCUGGUCGUCCUCCACAUCGUCAUGUUCGCCGUCUGCGUCAAUGUACACAGAAACUUGGCUAAAGCUCGAGCUGAAUCAGAGAAAAGAGCUUCCCGAGAGAGAUGAGCCUCGAUUCCUGAAGAAGACAAGAAGCAACCCUUUACCACCACAUCUAGCCCACUUAGUACCACAUUUAGCCCACUUAGUACCACAUCCAGCCCACUUCUAGCCCACUUAGUACCACAUCUAGCCCACUUAGUACCACAUCUAGCCACAUCUAGCCCACUUAGUACCACAUCUAGCCAUCUUAGUACCACAUCUAGCCACAUCUAGCCCAC